UUUAGUUUUAGUUUGAAAUUGUUACAUCUGUAUAAAAUAAGCUCGCUUUUGCUAGUCAAGGCCAGAUUAGAAAUAUUCCGUGCAUAUUAAACGUAAGGGACUUGAUCGUUCUUUAGCUUUUGUACUUGAAAAGUAAACAAUCCUAUUAUAGAUAAUGGAUAUGGCAGAGGAAAUUGUUGAUCCUUUAAUUUCUGGACAAUGUAUGAACAACGAUGAUAUAAGAUUUUUUUCGUUUUAUUAUAAAUCUAUUAAACGACUGCUGGAUAUCGACAACAAAGUAAACGUUUCAUACCUUAACAGAUAUUUUAAGAUAUUCAGUGAAUAUUACGACUUUUGGUGCCAAGUGAAACCGAAUCUUCAAACGUAUGCUGACAAUAUCAUAAAACUACUAAAAGACUCUUUAUAUUAUAGAUGGGCUUUUGUUUAUAAAAACGCUACAUUGUUAUCAAGUGCUGUUGCAUUUCACUUUCGAAAUAUCUAUAAACAAUCGCCGAAGAAUAUUAAAAGACUGGUGAAGAAAAGGCUUGUGAAGAUAUGCUCACUUGGUGGUGGUUCGGCAUCAGAUAUUGUCGCAAUUGUCACAGUUCUGGAAUCAAUUGCUUUGGAAAGUGAUAUUGAAUUGGACUUCCGAGUCACGAUCAUAGAGUCAGAUGAACGAUGGAAAAUCACAUGCCUCAUAAUUCUAAGUUGUUUGAAAGCAUUUCAUAAGGCAACAUGGAAGAUCACUUUCAUUCAUGGCAAUCUUGCAAAGGAAGAUUCUUGGAUUCCAAACUGUUGCAAAGCCAUUCAAGAGGCUGAUAUUAUAACCAUGGUAAGAUUUAUCUCAACAUGUAACCUCGUGGAAAAGAAUAUAAAAGAUAUUUGUGAGAGGAUGCAACCUCGAACAUUGCUUUUCGUUCUUGACCAUCCUAUUAAAGAAGUAAUCGACCUCUCUUUUGGAGUAACUGAUUCGAAUGAUUUUGAAUUAAUUUACAAUGAAUUAUGGGAGUUUCAUCCACUAGACAUUGAAGCGGUGAAGCAUUUUCAAACUUUAUUCCAAAAACACUUUGGAGAUCAGAAGCAUUUCAGACUAAAUACUUCUUUUAAUUUGUUUGUAAGCGUGUGGAUAAAGACAUCAACAGAAUCACAUAGGAAAUACGAGGAUAAGAUAAAAUGCAUAUUCCGAAAUAAUGUGGAAAAAUAUAAUCCAAGGCAGAGCUCUUUGAGUUCAAAUGCUGUAACGAAGUGGAAAAAUUUGUUUACGAAGCAGAAAGAAGCAGCUGGCUGGAAUGCAAAGGGUAUCAGGAAAUUUGUGCAGGUGGGAAAAGAAAAAAGAAAUUGUCUGCUAGUGGAAUUAAUUGAUGAAAAGAAAAAAUUAGAUAUACUACAAAAUGAUCUUUUAAGCAAAUUACUGUCACUGGAUAAAGAGAAAAAAGAAUUAAAAGAAAUAGAUGAAGAAUCUUUAAAAAAGUAUUUAAUCCAAAAAAGCAAUUACUCAUUCAAGAAGAGAACUGUAUAUUAUUCUUCAUUUCACUAAAAUAAGUGUUAUUAUGUGAUAGAAAAAAAAUCGAAUCUUCAAGGUAAUUUGUAAAUGUAUAUGAAUUCAAUUAAGUAUUUAUAUUAAACAAAUUUGUAGCUUUAAAUGUAUUGAUA